CCCGGAAGUAGGCUUCCUUGUUGCUUGCGGGGGGGGGGGAUGGCGGUUGCUUCUGUUCGUCCCGGGGUGCCUCCCCCGGCAGCUGGGCCGGGCGUAGGACCGGGCCCGGCGGAGGGGGCGGACGCGCUCUUCGUGGCAUUAAGCGCCGGUUUCACGUCCCUGAGCCAUCCGCUGCUCUAUGUGAAGCUCCUGGUGCAGGUCGGUCAUGAACCUCUGCCUCCAACCAUUGGGAGAAACUUGAUGGGGAGAAAAGUACUAUACCUACCUGGCUUUUUUACAUAUGCCAGACACAUUGUGAAAGUGGAUGGGAAAAAAGGUUUGUUCCGUGGCCUUACUCCUCGUAUCAUCUCUAGCACAUUAUCAACUGUAACUCGAGGACGAGUGAAGAAGGCCUUUCCUUUGGAGGAUAUGGAGCAUGUUUCGAACAAGGAUGAUGUGAAAACUUCCCUCAGGAAAGUGGUGAAAGAGACCUCCCAUGAGAUGAUAAUGCAAUGUGCAUCCCGGAUUAUCUCUCAUCCGCUGCAUGUAAUCUCUAUGCGUUGUAUGGUCCAGUUUGUAGGACGGGAAGUUAAAUAUGGGGGUGUAUUGAGCUCCAUUGGGACAAUUUUGAAAGAAGAAGGGUUUUUGGGAUUCUUCGUAGGUUUAAUUCCUCACAUUCUAGGCGAUGUUGUUUUCUUGUGGUGCUGCAACCUUCUGGCUCACUUCAUUAACACCUACGCAGUGGAUGACAACUUCAACCAAGCCUCUGUGGUCCGGAGUUACACCAAGUUUGUGAUGGGGAUUGCGGUGAGCAUGCUGACAUACCCUUUUCUUCUUGUGGGUGAUCUCAUGGCAGUGAACAACUGUGGGUUACGUGCAGGCCUCCCUCCAUAUUCUCCUGUCUUUUCCUCUUGGGUUCACUGUUGGAGACAUCUCUGUGCUCAGGGGCAGCUGUUCAGAGGCUCCAGCUUGCUGUUCCGUAGAGCAUCCCCAUCAGCAACUUUCCUUUUUGAUUAAUCUCACCAGGCAUGGGGGAGGCCAAC